AGAAUAAUGAAAGCCAUUAUCGGCAUCAAACGAGUACACCCUCGAUAGUCUUGAUGGUGGUGACUCGCGACAAACGCAGUCAUCUUCCGAUAACAUCGCAAGCCUGUUCCAAGCACGCAAACUUCCAGAGAAAAUCCCAGAAUCAAAAGAUCAGACGACAAACAUCUCAGAGAACAGAUGAUCAACGGCAGGAGACGCAGAAAAUGGGAUUAAUUGAGCAAUUCGAUGGAAGAGAAGAGCAGAGGCCCGAAGCCGCGCCAAUCUUGUCGGGCGGCGGUGCAGAGGAAUGUGCCUGGAGGCGCCCGCGUGAACGUGCUUCAUAUCCUCUCCAGCUCGGUCGCAGCGGCUACACCGUUCUCUUCUUGCCCCCAUUCAUGUCCCAGCCAAAGCUUACUUUACGACCACCACCUAAUAUUGACUUUGUGCAGGGGUAUCCUGGAAUACCACCUGGCGCACCAGAUAGGCCACAGGCUGCUGUCAAAGGCGCAAUCGAAUUUCGAGCAGGUCCACAGGGCGUGAAGGCGAAAUGGGUACGAAUAGAGCUUCGGAAAGUCGAGACACUGCCAGGCGGUGGCCUCACGAACACAUUCUUCGACUUUGUGGGUCAGAGCCCCAUUCAUGUUUGGCAGUCGGGCGCAGAGUAUAGCACACUGAGCUCAACAGACUUCCCAUUUUACAUUCGUAUACCUGAGUCCAUACCGCCGAGCAUUGCGCUGGAGAAGGGCGCCGGUGUCAAGUAUGAGCUCAUCGCGACGGUUUGCGUCAAGGGCAAAAAAGGUUUCCUACGCCGGGAUAAGCACAAUAUCCUUUCUCAGUCUGCUCCAAUUAUCAUUGACAAGCACGAACUACACUCAACAUGGCCUGUAUAUACCCAACCAGAAGGUCGCAAGCUCACUCAAGAUGGCGUCACACUCACCGUUGAAAGAACACACACAUGCUAUGGGCCAGGAGACCGUAUAUCAGUGAUGGCAGCAGUCAAAUCUGACAGUCUUAGCACGGUCAUCCUUCGUGGCUUCGAAUUCUCACUUCGCGAGACAACAGUCUUUCGCGCUGGGCCAAAUACUCCCGGCAAGAAAGGUUCACCUCAAGUCAAGGUAUCCAACAUUGGCGAGCAAAAGGUUCCGGUCAAUGCGACUCUGUAUGGUGGCACUCAGCACAAGGCCGAGCUGGCGGUGACAGUCCCUUCUCAUCAUACUUCAACAACAUUGAAUGCGGCGAGGCAUAUUGAUAUCAACUAUGUGCUCACCGUGCGUGCCCUCAUGGGAACUGGCAAACCUCUAAUCAUGGACUUGCCCAUUAUCAUUUCCAACUGGCCUAGAUCGGUAUCUCUUGAAGCAGUGAAGCGAAUUGGCAUUGCCCCAAAUGUUUCUGGACACCCACAAGCGGCCCCACCUCAUGGUCAGGCCAGCCACCAACUCGGAGCUACAACCAGUGGCGCGAUAUCUCCCCCGCCCGCCGUUACUUCUCCCGUCUCUACUAUUACUUCUCUUCCUGCGGGCGGUCCGUCAUUGUCUCAAACACAUCCAUACUCAACAACUGUCUCCGAGCGGCCUACUAGUGGUGGAAGCAUGCCCAUGAGCGAUACUAACAUUAGCGCCAGAUUUAACACUGCCCCUGUGCCUAAUGGGUAUCCUAAAGCAAAUGAAUGGGGCGUAACAAAUAAGCCCGCGCAACCGCAGACAAUAGGUGGUUCCCAAGUCGGACCUUCCGCUGCUCAGUAUCCUGCAAAUAGUGAUGCAUCAUCUUCAUCCGGUAAUAAUCAGGGACAGAGUCAGCUCAGAACUCGGACGAGCGGACGUGCAGCAGUGAACAGACCGCUCACUGUGGCCAACUAUAACGAAGAUAACCCUGAAGAAGCUGUUCAAGCUCAGCAAGCUGCUCAGUUAGUUGCUAAUGCCCGCUCUCAUGCGCGGCAAGCAUCUUUGCAGGCAAGACAAUCUAGUGUUGCUGGGUCUUCAUCAUCGAGGACCAACCAGUGGUUGUCUGCUGAGGAAGAGAAAAGACGAUUGUACGAUCGAGCUGUUGCCCAGGUUGAGCGUGUUCAAGGUGGUGUGGCUCGUGCGCCUAGUCCACCUACAGAGACUUAUGGACAGCAAACGCCACACAAGGACGCUGGUCCGAUUGUUAAAGCCAAUGGUUCUCCUGGCAGUAUAUCGUCCUCAUCCAGAUGGCCGACCGCAGAAGAAGAGAAGAUGCGACUUUUCAACGAGGCUCAGGCUGCCGCACGUCGCCUACAAGGACUUGAAGAAGACGCCGGAGCCUCAUCCUCCUAUGUUGCGCCUAGUAGGAGUGCUGCUGCGUCACCGCAAUCAUCCAUGUCAGCUGGUGCAGCUAUGUACCAACAAGCUAUGUCGUCAAUCAAUCGCAAUGCCCUUGCUUCUAGUUCUUCAGCCCCACGAACUACGGCUCUUCCUAUUAAAUCGCCAACGCCCCAAUAUCCUAGUGCUGAAGAGGAGAAAGCUGCUCUGCGGAGGUACGAAGCAGCCAAAGCUGCUGUAGACCGAAGCCAGGGUUCCCCCAGCUAUUCACCUUCUCCUGACCUUGAACCUCCGGACUCCGCACCCAUAGCCUAUGAUGCUUUAUACCCUCCCGCCCCCACUACUGCCCCUCCUGUUCCUCCGAUCAAUGGUGACCUUCCCCCUGCCUUCGAUCAAGGUUCAUCACAACCGCAACCGAACUACCUCACCGAGAAGGAGAAGUUACGUCGUGCAUACGAAGCGCAGGAUGCCGCGGCCGCGGCCGGCUUACAAGCAUCUCCGGCUUUGAGUGCCGUCGGUGGACUACCCAUGAACGCUCCUGCAUAUGUCAAAUCAGCAAGUCCACCACCACCCCAAGUACCGCAAGGACCGUCGCAAUUGUUGAGUGCUGUUGCUGAGAAGGAGAGACUACGGAAAAUGUAUGAGGCUCAAGACUCUGCGGCUACAUCCAGCGGUCCGCCUGCACCUCCCCCUCCACGUCCGCGCGGUAAUACUGUCAAUGGCACAUCUGGGUCGACACGACCAGCGUUACCUACACCUCGUUCUCCACCCAUUCCACCUGGCGGGUCAGGUCCACAACCGUUGACUGCUGCUGAGGAGAAGGCCCGGCUGAGAGCAAUGUAUGAAGCGGAAGGACGUCAGAACUCUCAGCCGAAUGGUGCCCCAGCCUAUUCUCAAGUGUCUUCACCUGUCUUGUCGCAGAAUGGCGUGCAACGAUUACCCAGUCUGAGUGCGGUCUCUAGGCCGAACGGAGUUCCUGCUCCACCUCCACUUAUGCCUCGUCCGCCAAAGGAGUAUAUCCAGGAGACGCAAGAAGAGGAUUAUCGAAUUGGCUCGAAGUUACGAGCCAUUGACCAGGAAAAUGGUAGCGUUGACAGUAACCACAUGUCUGACCCUACACUGAGGCUGGAUCCUUUCACGCCUUUCACUCCAGGAUUCAAUUCACUGAAUGCGAAUGAUGGAAGCUUACAGCCUCCUCUUCCCGUAAAGUCCCUAUAUAUUGAUUGAUAUUUAUUAGCUUGAUUUUCCUUUGUUCAUGAUUUUCCAACUCUCGUCGUGCUGUGUCUGAUGAUACCAGUCCCUCAUUCGUUCCUGCUUUAUCAGUAUCUUUCUCCUCAUUUCUGCCGUUGCUAGGAUCUACUUCCACAUUCAUUUAUUCUCGGAACAUACCUUAAUGUGUCUGACGUAUUAUUCUGUCUGUAUGUGUUAGCUUGUCCUGUAUCCUUGUGCAGUAACCCGGAUGACAUCCUCUCUUGCCGUGCCAGUACCAUGACGUUCUUGAUCCUAUUACAUACCACUCUUCGUCAUCGCAACCUGAGUCGCUCUC